UGUUGGUGUCUGUGUGAGACGCGCGUUGGCUGCGAUGCCCGAGCCGGCCAAGUCCGCCCCUGCGCCCAAGAAGGGCUCCAAGAAAGCCGUCACUAAGACGCAGAAGAAGGGCGACAAGAAGCGCAAGAAGAGCCGCAAGGAGAGCUACUCGAUCUACGUGUACAAGGUGCUGAAGCAGGUGCAUCCCGACACGGGCAUCUCGUCCAAGGCCAUGGGCAUCAUGAACUCCUUCGUCAACGACAUCUUCGAGCGCAUCGCCGGCGAGGCCUCGCGCCUGGCGCACUACAACAAGCGCUCCACCAUCACCUCGCGGGAGAUCCAGACGGCCGUGCGGCUCCUGCUGCCCGGCGAGCUGGCCAAGCACGCCGUCUCCGAGGGCACCAAGGCUGUUACCAAGUACACCAGCUCCAAGUAAGCUGCCUCUGUGCCCUGUGCCGCACCUGCUCGACCCAAAGGCUCUUUUAAGAGCCACCCACCUUUUCAGUAAAA